AGCUUUGCUCUCAAGCUUGGGCUUCUCUAGAGGCAUGGCUCGUGCCAAGCGAUCAGCUAGCCCAGAGCGCAAGAAAAAGCGCAAGGUGGUGCUGGUGAAGGCACAGGCUGCGGCGGCAGCUGCCACCGAGCGCCGCGCCACUGCGAAGGCAACAGCCAAAGUCCCCCAAAGUCGGCUGAAGCCAGCUCCGAUUCCUGGUGGGACAGCAGGUCGAAUUCUGCAGUGGCUCGGACGCCCUGACCUCUCCAGUCGACCAGGCUCCAACACGGAGCGUGUUGCAGAGGUCACCUUGAGUGCUCCGGCUACAAGCGCACAACCUCGUAGCCGUAGUCCCGUGCGCAAUGCCAAAGGCGCUGCGCCCAGCUCAUCCUCCAGCAGGAGCAGCAGUCCGUCUCGUAGUCCAUCACCAAUCAUGGCCCCCGCCGUGGUGCCAGCGCCACCGGCAGCGAAGGAAACAAAGAGGCCGAAAGCUGCAUCACCAAAGAAGGUGAAGAAGAGGGUAGCGCCGCCCGCGCCAGCGCCAUCAGCGCCAUCAGCGCCAGCUGCAAAGGCGAGAAAAACAAAAGACGGCUCGCGCGUAGCGGCGCCAGUGGUGGCGACAGUGGCCACAGCAAAAGCGAAGAAGACAGAUCCUGCACCGGUGAAGUCAAAGAAAGCUGCACCAGAUGCAAAACAAUCUAAUGCCCCACCUGCAUCCGCGCAUGCACAUUUUGCGACUCCACAUUCCGCUGCUCACUUGUCACAUCCAUCUGCUCAUCCUUCUGCACAACCAGCAGCAGAGUUGUCGGAACUGGAUCAGAGUGGUUUGCAGGAUGCAGUGCUGGAUCGGCUUCGAUCACUUUGUGACAAGGAUGUGGACCCCAAGGUCUUGGCGGAGUACAUCGUCGUGCUGGCCCAAAUGAACAAAGGUUCGGAUCACCUGUCCGGUGAGCUGGAGGCGUUCUUUUCGGACAAGGCGCUGCUCGACUCCUUUGUGCGCUGGGUAGAGGAGAGCAAGUGGACCUUUGUCCCUGGUGGGCAGCCAUUGAAGCCCGUCAGAUUGCAGCCAACCAAAGGUGCGCCGCAAGUUGAUUUCUGGGGACCUGCUCCGGAAGCGAACGGUAGGUUUUCGCGCGCGCUGGCCAAGCCGGUUGAGGCUGGACCAAAGACUGUCCGCCAGGGCGGCUGCCUCAAGUGCACUUCCUUUUUUUUGGGAGUCCAAGGUGCCCAUACACCAAUCUCGGUGCCCAGCCCUGUAGGUUUUAGGUUUAAGGAGUUUGGUGGUAGCUUCCAUUUUUCCCACCAACAGUCAGGCCCACACGUAGCUGUGACCAGCCGCGUGGUGCUGCAGCCCAAUCCCAACUUCGACACUGCGCCAACGUCGCCGCCACCAAAGGCUCCCGUCAGUCCCGUGAAGGCGGCCGUCUCCCGCGUACCUUUCAACACGCCGCCACCGUACACCGCGGAGGCGCAGCAGGUCCAGCUCCUGGGAGAACUGACGAAGACCUUGCAGACGAUUCUGACCAAGCUGCAAGACAGAGAGCUGCCUGAUAGCCAAAGAGAACGGUACCAGAACAUGGCCGAUAAGCUCCACUCACAGAUUAAGACCAUCAAGUUGCCUGCAGCCAGGCGGCGAUGACCCAUUCGGAUCAGCGGAUCACGGAUCUGUCCAGUGCAUCAUGACUUCGCGGCGCUGGUUUAUGAAAGCAGGGUUUCACACCGAGUCAAUGCACGUGAUCUUCAAGGUGCAGUGCGGGCGUC